AUGACUGGAGACGGAGAAACAGCAGCACGAGCGAGAAAAGCGAAAAAAGCAGCGGCAUCAAUCGCAAUGGUACCAAAAAUGUCGAGAAACUUUCCGGUCGAUAUCGCCACCCCAUAUAUGGUAUUAAAGUCGCGAUGUGCUCUGUGUAUUAACAAAAUCGGUCUUGUUCAAAUGGCUGGAGAGUAUGGAUCACGUAUUCAGGAUGAUACACGAACGAAUGCCAUUUUAAACGAUGCUCGAUAUCUAACUGUUACAGUGUAUGAAGAGACGAUGUAUCAAUUACAUGUCCAACUCGAUUGCGGUGGACAACCGGGCGGAGAUCCAUCUGAUAAUCCCUGCAGCCGUUCUCUAAGUGUGAGCGUGUGGAUUGAUUUCGACAACAAUGGAUUGGAUGAUGCAGAAAGUCGAGCUCUCCGUCGCUCUUGGUCAAACAAUGACAUACCUAAUGGUGCAUAUGAUUUGGGAAUACAUAUACCUAGUAUUGAUGGCAGGAAUACGAAAUCUGAAAAUCAUCGCAUGCGCCUUACUGUGAUGCCUACUGAAGAAUAUCAAAGAGACUGUGGCAAUAUCGGGUACAAAGAAACACGAGAUUACACAGUCAACAUUAUUCCAAAGGCGAGAUAUGAAGGUAAAUCUUUAUCUGUUUACUGAUUACACGUUUUGCAUCAUAAUGGUACAUGUCUGACCAUCCGUAUUGAAGAAAGUUUUCACCAACCAUUGCGCUUAUCUCGUCAUUUCAGGAAUAGACUUUAUACUCGAUUUGAGUUUCUUUAUUUUUUGACAUGUAUUUUUUCGACCGAACUAGAUGAUAUCAGAUCCAUGAUUCCUUUUCUGAUGUAGCUUCAAAAAACAGUUUUACGAGAGAACUUUUGCUCGAAUCUGAUAUUUCAUUAUUGUCAAUCAGCUCUGCAGCUAUAAGAGAGACAUUACUAGACACAAAGUGCAUUUAGCUCUUUUAUCAUUAGAAGCGUCGUUAGUCUUAUAUCCAAACUGAAAUAUCGACGAAAAAAAGGCAUAAUGAAUAUUAUGUAUUGCAAAAGGCAUACACAUGUAAUUUUUCUAGAAUAAAAAAGCUCAUUAGUUUCAUAAAGCGCACAAAUCUCUCUCUGUCUUAAGAGGCAGUGCACGAUAGGGACGAACUAAGUUGCGCAAUGAUUUUCUGAAGAAUGAAUGAAGUUCGCAAAUUUUUCUCAAAUUUUCAGAGCGGAUAGAGAAAUGUGUCUUGAACAUUUUUGUCUUUGACAUUUCCUUUCAAAGCGCUUUCCCUCGACGCUGGAGCUCUUGCAAAAUAGGUCGUAAAAUACAGAAAAAAAGCGAUUUUUCAGUCGAAAAUUUUGCUUACGCUAUAAUUCCGUCAGAUCAAAUGCUAAUGAGCUUAAAUUUUUACCAGGGCUGUCUUAGUAUGAGUACUAUCCAUGAUAAAAACUCCAACUCUUCUGAGUUAAGCGUUCUCCAGAAAUAGUUUAUUCGUUAGACAUAGAUAAAACGUCAUCGGCCGUUUUGCAAAGCGGUUUUUGCAGCGAACAUGGUCCGUUUGAAGGGCUCUCUACGGUCUCGUGAAGUAGACCCAAAGUACUACCAUGGAUCAUCGUCAAAUUUUUGGGGAAAUGAUGGAAAACACUCGAGGGUUUCUUGUCAAAUACGGUCAGCGUACUCUCGGAAAAACAUGAAAAUUUUUCUCUUAAAAACUAGUGAAUUAUACGCCAUUCGACGCAGAAUUUCAUUCUACAUCUAAACAUGUAUCAACAAAGAUUCGGCAGUGCAUAGAAAAGGAGAAAAAACCCAACAACUUCCGAUUUUCCAAGGUUUUUCGGAAAACAUAUUUCGAAAAUUAUCGUGAAAUUCAGUUCACCUAAACAACUUUUUUGGUUUAAUAGUUUAAUGCAGAAUUCAAUUUUCUACCGAUCGAAACCGCGGAUUUUUAACAUUAAACCUCGAUUUUUCAGAGAUGGUUUUUCGAAGCCCCUGAUAUUUAGCCUCUGAAAACCUUUUCGGAAAACAAAGAGAGAUGGACCAGAAAGAGAAUUUUACGCGGAUUCCAAAUAUCACUUUAUUCUUGAAUGAUGAUCUUUGCUUCACUCGAUAGUCGCAACUUUUAUAAUUAUAUAAUUUUAAAAGAUGGUAGAAAAGGAUUUGACCGCCACGGACGAAAAAAUUCUUUAGGUGAACU